UUACACCUGGCACAAUGCACUCUGUCAAGUACUGUUCUCUUGGCAACUGCCAAACCCAGACACAUCCAUUGGAUUGCCAGACAGAGAAGUGUAAUUCAACCCUCCAGAGAACAAGUCUCCACUGCUGUAGAAUCCAGUGGUUGCUGGCUGAGUUGCUGUUCCCAGUUGCUUCCACUUUAUUAUAAUACCACUAGCAGUUGACCGUGUAAUAUUUAAUAGCAAGGAAAUUUCACGGAUGGAGUUAUUGCACAGGUGGCAACCUAUCACGAUACCACGCUUGAAUUCACUGAGCUCCUGAGAGCGACCCAUUCUUUCACAGAUGUUCGUCGAAGCAGUCUGCAUGCCUAG